AUGAAGAUCCCACCCAAAGCUACUAAUUUCAUUUGGUGUGCCGUACGUAAUGUUCUACCUUGUAAGAGGAAUUUAUGCUCUCGAAAGGUGGAUAUUCAAGAUAUUUGCCCUCUUUGUCUUGGACAUUCUGAAACUAAUCUUCAUAUUAUUGUCAACUGCCCUUUUCCAAGACAGGUUUGGACUCUUUUUCAUCUUGGGUUUUGGUGGUAUUCCGCUAUGUUUUUUGGGGAGUGGUUUCAGCAAACCUCAAAUUCCUUGACCUUGGAGCAUUUGAGUUAUGUUUCUAUGGUGCGCUUGGCAUUAUGGAUCACCAGAAAUGAUAUAGUAUGGCGUCAAAAAAGCAGGAAUCCUGGGGCGAUAAUUUUGCUAGCUACAGGUGUUUGGCACGCAUGGAAGGAAGCUAAGUUUCAUGGUUUGGUAGUUCCUUCUCCAGCAAACUCAAAUCGUACAUGGAGUCCACCCCCGUUUAACUGGAUAAAAGUAAACACGGAUGCUUCAAUUGGAGUGGUUUCUGGUUAUGUGGGUAUUGGCACAGUAGUUAGGAAUUUAGCCUAUGAGUUUAUUGCUGGCAAAGAGUGGAGAUUUUUGGGUUUUUUUAAUGCUAAGGUGGCUGAGGUCAUAGCCGUGAGAGAAACUUUGAGCUGGAUUAAGGAUCACGGAUGA